AUGCGGCGCCUGGCCUCUGCCACCCGGGCUGCCCUGGUCCUCAGCCUGCUCGCUGCCUCCUUCCACUCAGCCUGCCGGGCAGAAGCAAGCAACAGCAACAACUCAGCCUUGACUGCCCACCACCCAGACCUCGGGACCCUGGAACAGUGCCCCAAUGUGGACUUCUGCCCGCAGGCAGCCCGGUGCUGCCACGCUGGGGUGGACGAGUACGGCUGGGUGGCUGCGGCUGUGGGCUGGAGCCUGUGGUUUCUCACCCUCAUUCUGCUCUGCGUGAACAAGCUGAUGACACUGACACCAGAGGAGCCCAAGGACUUGCCGGCGUGA